AUGGCGACUUCUAGGGAAGACGCAGAAACUCAGGAACUAAAUCUCAUCUUGAAGUCCUUGGAAGAGGGAAGUAAUGGAAAUGGAAUCAUUUGGAAGGCAUGUGCUGAAAGUGGUUGUCUCCUUGUGUCCCUGUUGCAGGACGUUUUUCGCACCGAAAUCGGUUUCACGUUACGGCUUUAUGGAAGUUCCGCCGAAGAUUUGAAGAGCUCUAUGGCUGCCGAUGAUAUUGGAGAUUAUGAUAUUAUGGUCAUUCCCUCAUCUGAAUAUCUGUUGAUCGACGAUGAAAUGAUCGAAUAUUUGCCUCAGCACCCUCUGCACGUUAGAGUCAAAGGACGGGAUCACACCUUAUUGCAGUCCUGCCUUGUGGAAGACACUCCAUACGUCGCUACUUCAGCCAUAAAGGAGUUCCAUCCCUUAAUUUACGGCACAGAAGCGUCAGCUUUAAAGAUGGUCCCUCGUUUGCUACAGGCUGUAGUAACAAGUAGCAUUUGGGGCAGAGACUCCAAUAUAGGUGAGUGGGAAAACAAAGAGGCCGGGCCAGCUCUUCAGCUGAACUUUGACCAUUCAUUUUCUAUAUCAGAAUUUGCGAAAAGCCUGACCAACAAACACUCCUUCCCUAAUUAUGACCUCGCAGAAAUUGAAUACAUGUUUUUUUUAAUAUGUCAAGCGUAUGGCGAUGAAUACACCAAAGAACAAGCUGAAUUGUCAGAGAAAAUGGUUAAAUUUUAUAAUGAUUUUAAGAUGUCAUGGCAAGAUAACAACCCCCAGUUAUUGAUUCACGCACUCCCUCGUUUAGCGGUAGAGUUCAUAUUGAUGAGCAUAGAGUACGGGGCAGGCAUGGCAGCACUUCCUGCCAACCAAAGUGGAGAAUGCUUGGCUUAUACAGAAGAACGUAGUGAUGAGGAAAGAGGCGAGGAAAGUGAUGAGGAAAUUGUGACUCUAGAAGAUUCCUUCCUGUUUCACUUGUCUGACGGUGAAAAGGUCUCCCAAGAGACAAUGCCAUCCAAUGGUGGGUCAUUUCUCACUCCAGAAAAUGCUCAUGGAAGUCAAAAAAUUGCUGAAGACUUAAAACCCACUGCAAGUCAAUUACCAAUGGGAGGGUCAUCAGAACUGAGCCACAAACAGUCCUCACAACUCUCCAUGUCAAAGGAAGUGAGUGAAACAGAUCUAAACAAGGACAAAGAACAGAGAAAGAAUGAAAGCCAAAAUGACAGCAAAAGUGAAGCUGACAUGUCAGAAGAACAGCCCCUAGCAAAAAAAGGUGAACCAAGUUGCCCAGAUCACUUCUUUCUGGAUCACCUGUUGGGACCUUUAAGUGAAGUGCGAAAAGAAACAGAUGCAAAAGAAACUGUGCCAACCGUUGUGGGUGGAAUAGAUAUGGUUCCUUCCCUCAGGUGCCCUGGAUGGCCGCAGGUUGCAUGGGAUUGGGUAGAACGAGAUCGAAAAUGGCCUUCACCUGAUGUAGUUGAAAAAGUUGUUCAGGAGGGCUUCCAUUUAGUGGUUAAGCCUCCAAAGAAUGGUGGAAAUCCAGAAUGCAACUUCAGAAUUUCCUUUUCCCAUGCAGAAUACCUGUUAAGUCAGGAGAUGAAUGAAGUCCAGCGCGGAUGUUACUGCUGCCUGAAAAAGUUUCAUCGAACCUAUCUUUCCAAAGAUCCAGAGGGUUUGGUGUCCUUUCAUUUGAAAACCCUACUUCUGUGGACAAUUGAAGAAACUGGUGCUGAAGUUUGGACUGAGAGUAACAGAGUGGAAUGCUUCAUGAAGCUCUGUAGAAACCUUUUGCAAGCUCUGACAAAAAAGGAAUUACCGCAUUUCUUUGUGAGAUCUUACAACUUGUUAGGUGCAGAUUAUGUGGAUGAUCCCAAGAUUCUUGAAACAUUGGCAAGAAAAGUCAAGAAGAUGGUAGAGGAUCCAAUGCUUUCAGUCAAGGAGUUGAUUCAGAAGGUGCCAGAACUGGAAAAGGGGAAAAACACUUUAAGCACUAAACCAACUAUCACAAUUAAGACAGCUUCAGAACAAGGGAAUGCAGUGGAAAGGGAAGAAACUCCACACAAUGACAGCCGAGUGGCUUUGACUCCCGUAAAGGAGGGUGCCUCUUGUUCGGUUGCAAGCUCAGGGCCAGGCUAUCGCUUUCACGAUCUGAAGGAGAUAUACACUGUCAUAAUCCAAGAGUUAAUUAGUCUGGCUUUAACUCAUGGUGAUGAUCAAACUAUUGAAGCCCUUGAACCUCUUGAAAGAGCCUUGGUAGGUGAUAUCAGAGAAAUGUUCAAAGGUGAGAAUGUUGAAAUUGUGCUGAUUAAUGAACUGUUUGAAAAGAUGUGGAACCUGCUUUACCCAAAGAUUUGGAUGAAUCCAGAACCAAACAUGAGGCACUGUAUGCUUGUUGCAAUCCAAGAACUACUUGAAGCGCUGAGGGAAGAUGACACUGAAUCAAAUGUAGAUUCCUUUUCCUUCCACCACCUGGUUCCACCCGGCAUAAUGACUGAGAUGUUCAGUAGAAUAAUGAACAAAAUCAUUCGAAGUACAGCUAAAAUGGAUGAAGGAGACAUUCCACAGCACUGA